ACCGAUUUCAGCAAAAUUAAACCUUCACAAAUAAAGAUCAUAGAGAGUUCAAACUAACAACUUAUAAAAGUCUUUCUAAGCCUAUUUCAGCAAAAUUAAACCUUCACAAAUAUAGCCAAGUUUUUUCAAAAAUAAAGAUCAUAUUAUAAAAAAAUGAGUUCAACAAGCAGGGCAUGGGUUACAGCAGUGAGCUUGGGAGUGGUAGAGGCACUAAAAGAUCAAGGAAUAUGUAGGUGGAAUCACACAAUCAGAGCCGUACAUCAGCACGCCAAGAACAAUCUUCGGUCAUAUUCACAAGCCAAGAAGCUCUCUGCUCAAUCUUCUUCUUUGGUUUCUGCAAACAAAGAAUUGAAGGAGAAAGUGAAGCAAUCUGAAGAGUCUCUAAGGAAAGUUAUGUAUUUGAGCUGUUGGGGUCCCAAUUGAUCAAUCCUAAUUAGUACUUAGAUUUAGUACAUAUAUAGUCUUUGACAAUAUUGUAAACAUGAGAGGAUUUUUUAGAGCUUGGGUUAAAUUGCCCAUUUAACAUUUGUGGAAAGAACAUUUCUAUAAUCCAAAUUUCUGGGAAUUAUACUCCA